AUGGCACCUUCUUUGCACGAAAACCUUCAGUCUCCUCUGUCCAAAAUGUCUCUGUAUCCUGUGUCUUCUGAAAAAGUUGCUCUUCAGCCUCCUAAGCCUCCUAAACCUCAGCCUCCCAUCUCAUCAGCCUCACUGAUUUCUCCCUCCAACUUAACUUUGCUUCCAAAAGGUUUGCCAUCUUCUAAUUCUUCAAACAAGCCUCCUCCCAGAGUCCCACCCAUUCCUCUCCUCAAAACCUCACCAUCUCCUUCAGAAGGAACAAGCUUUCGCCAGCCCAGACUACCACCGCUCCGAUCUCUCCCUCACACCAAAGGUCCGCUGUUUGAGCACCAGCCUUUCACUGUCAGUUGGAACAUCCCUGAUCUGGUGUGUAACAGAUACAAGAUCUCACUGGACACUUCUCCCUUUAAAGGAGUGGCCACACCUGCUAAGGUUCCAGGCCAGUUCCUUAGUCUGUUCUACAGAGACCGACUGGGUCUUUACCCACAUGUAGAUCUCACUAGUAGAAAACUGUUCUAUGGCGGCAUUCCUCAGAGAGGUAACCUGAAAGCCAGUAUGAAGAAGGCCAGAGCAGAUAUUAACUACUACAUCCCAUCCAAGACAAGUCGGGGCUUGGCCGUGAUAGACUGGGAGGAAUGGCGUCCCCUAUGGGACAGAAACUGGGGCACUAAAAGAAUCUACCAGACCUUAUCUGUGGCUCAUGUCAUGCAGACAAACCGCUCCCUCACAGUACAGCAGGCUACAGAAAAAGCCAAACAACAGUUCGAGCUAGCAGCCAGAAGUCUGAUGUCAAGGAUGUUAGCAAUGGGCAGUGCUAUGAGACCCAACUACCUCUGGGGCUUCUACCUGUUUCCUAACUGCUAUAACUAUGGCUGGUUGGAGCCAGACUACACAGGCCAGUGCUCCAAGGAGGUGAAGAGACAGAAUGAUAAGCUGCUGUGGCUCUGGGAGUCCAGCACUGCCCUCUACCCCUCUGUGUAUCUGCAGGCCUCUUUGUCAGAUAAUCCCAGAGCUGCCCUGAUGGUGAGAAACCGUGUGAAGGAAGCUUUGAGAGUGUCGGCCCUGCCAAGACAGAGGGGCACUGUGCCCGUGUUUGUUUACAUGCGACCUGUCUUUGUUGAUCAGAACAGACGCUUCCUCAGCCAGGGGGACUUAGUCAGCACCAUUGGGGAGAGUGCAGCAGUGGGAGCGUCGGGUGCUGUGCUGUGGGGGGCCAGCGCUGACUAUGAUGACCGGGCCUCUUGUGAAUCCCUCUCAUCCUACCUCUCCUCCACCCUCAACCCUUACAUCACCAAUGUCACCGCGGCCGCCCAGCUCUGCAGUGACUUCCUGUGCCAGGGGAAUGGCCGCUGUGUCCGCAAAAACUACAACUCCAAUCACUACCUCCACCUAAACCCUGAGAAUUUCAGGGUCAUGCAUAUCCAGAACCGCUACUUUGUUCUAGGGAGACCAACCUUUGCAGACCUGAAGACUUUGAGCAGGAGAUUUACCUGCCAAUGCUACAAAGGACUGAGCUGCACUCCCAGGACAUACAGUGAACUUGCCAAGGCCCUGAUAUUAAGUUUGAAACAAGGGCUGCAACAAAAAGCCCAUACUCUGAAUAAAGCUGUGUUGGAUGAUCCGCAACAAGCUAGUAUUGCUAAGGACAAUGUUAAGAAAAACUUGAAAGUUUAG